AUGUCUGGACAACCUCCUUUCAAGUAAAGAAGCAUUCUAAUAUUUAGUUUUCUUAAUAUGCCCAAUUUAAACAUGUUGAAUCCCCAAAAUACUUAAAUAUCUUAAGCGUAUGAGAAAGCAAUUAAAGAUGCUGUGAACAGUGUGCAUUUAUAAAAAUUAGGAAAAAAACAACUAUAAUAAAUUGCAAAAGAACUGAAUAUACAUGAAAAAAAAAAAAAAGAAGAAAUUAUUGCCUCAAUUCCAAAACAGCUUCUUCAUUAUUUGACAUAAGCAGAUCCUUCUAGACCAGUAGAAUAACUUCUUCAACACCAACCAAACCUCAAAAACAAUGAAAAAAUAAUGGCCAUCUUAUAGAAAUUUUAAGGAAGCAUAAUAAAUAGAACAUCAUAAUUCUAACAAUAACAAUAAAUGCAGCGUGCCAUUCCAUAAAUCCUUUAAAAUCCCUACAUGAAUUAUGUAUUGAAUCUAUUUAAAUUUUAAGAUGGUACUUCCAUAAGCAUAAUAAGCAUAAUAAUAAAUGUUAACAUAAUACCCUCCAUUAAUGAAUAUUAAUCUCUAUCAAUAACAUUUAAGAUAAAACACUCCACAGCAAUUUUAUUAUCAAUAUAACAGUAUGUAUUUAAUAUUAUUUAGAUUAAUGGAAUGAUCCCCUUCCUCAGACAGAAAUCUAAUAACUCCUAAUGUGUCCAUGUAAGUAAGAAAAUUCUUAUUAUUCUAAGAAUCAAUCCUGCCAAAAGAAUCACUAAUGAGGAAGUUAAAUGCAUUAAUUGUGAUAAUAAAUUACAUAUUUCUUGUUUGAAAUUGUAACACAAUGAUGUCAAGAUGUUUGAAUGUCCUGUUUGUAUACUUAGUAAAAUAGAUCCACUCAAUCAAAUUAUUAAAGUUCUUACCAAACCAACAUUGAUGAAUGCUUCUUAAAGUACACUCAAUUUCAUGCUUACAGCAGAAGAAUACCAGUAAAAUUUUUAUCUAUAUAAACUUAGUCAAUUAUAAGAUCGCUCAUUUUAAUACUAGAUCGAAUUGAGAUCUAUAAGAUUAGAUGCUAAAUAUAUGAAUGAAAUUACUUGGCCUGAUUUCUGUGAGAUCUCAAUUAAUCAACAACGUGUUGCUGAAUUUAAACCACUCAAAUCAAAUAGUAGUCUUAAAAAGAGAAAAGAUGAAAUUCAAAUUAUUCCUUUAUAACAAAAUAAUUUAGCUCUCUCCAUCAAAUCAGGCUACAAUCAAAUCAUUAUCAAAGAAGUCUAAAAUUGUUAAGAACCCAAAAUGUAAUUUAAAUUAUGUGAAGAGUAUAAUCUUAUUUUCUAUUAUCUUAGUGGUGUUUACGCAUAAGCUAUAUACUUAACCAAGAAGAGACCUCAUUAGGAAUUGGUUAAUUAAAUAAAAUAAAAUAAAGAGUGUCUCAAAACUAAAGAAGAAUGUUUAUAACUUAUUUAAAAAGCAUGUAUAUCUGAAAAAACUGAUAAUGAUGUUCAAAUUGAUAAAAUCACAAUCAAAGUAUCUUUGAAGUGUUAAUUUGACUAUUAAAUGAUAUAAGUAAUAGUGUUUCAAAUUAUUAGACACCUGCUAGAGGAAGGUUUUGUACUCAUGUAUAAUGUUUCUCUCUUGAAAAUACUAUUACUAUUAAUGCAGGUACAUCAAGAAAAUGGAAAUGUCCAGUUUGCAAGAAAAAAAUAUUUGAUAUUGCGAUUGAUUCAUAUUAAUUGCAAUUGCUUGAAUAAUAUAGAAAUAAUAAAGAAAAUGUCAAGGAAGUAGUUUUUGAUUAAAAUGUAAUUUAAUAAUUUAUAUUUUAGGGUGAAAUAGUAUAAGAAAUAAAGGAAGAAUUGGAAGGAUAAGAAGAAUCAGAAGAAGAAUAAGUCAGUCUUAAUAAAUAGAAUCAAUUAGAAGAAUUAUAAAAGUAAACUCUUUAGUAAUUACCUGAUCCAGCAUUUCUUUCCAGACUCAUGUUAUUUAAUCCUGCAGCUACUUUUAUGUAAAUACAAUUGUGUAAAAAAUAAAUUGAUUAAAUUAAUGUCUUGUAAUAACAACAAUAACUAUCAUAACAAUAGAUGUAGUAAAAAAAUGAAAAUGUCAAUACUUCUUAAAAUAAAGCAUAAUUAAAAUAAUUGGUUGAGUCCAAUUUAUCAAAUAUUGAAGGAAAAUAAAAUUCAUUGCAAUCUCAAUUAUCUUAAUAGACUAUUACAAAACCUAAGUUUAUUAAAUUUAAAAAGUUUGAAUCUUGGUUGGAUGAUGUAUCGUAAUAAGAGAUUGCAUAAAAGAAUUAAGAAAAAUAGAUAAAUAAUUAAUUAAAUGAAGAAUAAAAUUUAGAAUAAAAGUAGCCAUAAGAAGAAUAAUAAUAAUAAUAAUAAUAAUAAUAAUAAUAAUAAUAAUAAUAAUAAAUUAUACCUUAAAAUAAUGAUAAACCAAUUUAAAAGUCUAAUAGAUUAAAAGAAAGAAUGGUUAGAGUUAUCAAAAAAUAAUUUUCUGAAUUUAUUAGAAAAAAUUUUGCUAAUAAUAUGAAUACAACUAAUGAAAAUAACCCUAAAAAUCCUUAAUUAACAUAAUAAUAAUAUAAUUAAAGUGCUAAUAAGAAAUAUAUCUAUAAACUUUCUGAAGAGAAACCUAAAAUUAAUACUAGUACUCAAUUCACUAAAAUGUUGGCUGAUCAAAUUAUAAUGUAAAAUCCUGGUUAAAAUGAAAAGCAACAUGAAGAUUUAAAAACAUUUGGAGAAGAGUAAUUAAAAUAAUUAUAAGCUUUUCUUCCACAAGGAUUUCCUGCUUCUUAAAAUUUAUUUUAACAAUAACUAAUAAAUUAAAAAUAAUAAGAUUCUAGUGUUUUAAUUUAAAAAGCAUUAAGUAAUCAAAAUCCACCAAUUAUAAAUUAAUAACAACAAUUAUAAUAAUAAGUUCAAUAAUAAAAAGUGAAAGAAAAACCAUUUCAAAAAAUAAAAUCUCCUCAACCUAGUAGUAGUAAUGAGGGUAAAAAUGGAAAAGAUAUGGAAAAUCCAAUUUGUAUAGAUUGA